AUGCAACGCGAACUCGCCUGUGAACAGCCCUUUUCUGAAAGUAAAGUGGUUGCAGCCAUACCAGGCAGCCCUGACCAAACUGUGGACCUUCUCAAAAGAUUGACCAAAACCGAGAAGGAGAUACUGUCCCUAAAGACCCGGAUAGCCUGUGAAAGAGCAUCAUGGGAGAGGAGGUUUACAGAGCUACAAAGAAAACAGGAAGAGCUGUACAGCCAGCUGCUCUCAGAAGCUGGAGUGUCAGUCAAAGUGGGCAGUUAUGAGGAGCUCGGAGAACCAGGAGUGGACAAUGGAGAAGUAUUUGUGGCAUGUUCAGGCAGUCUGUCAAGAUGUUCUUACCAUCACAGAGAAUGUGAGGCGUCAUCACGAGGUGACCCUUAUUGGAGCAGUUUGUCAGGAAGCCGGGCAUCUUUAUUAUCUGGGCAGAGCUCCAGGCCUGCUUCAUCUUCAUCUUCUUCAGCCAACAGCGUUAGAUCUUGGAAAGCGUCCAGAGGGCCACACAGGGCUUUUGUCCCUCACUCACCCAUGGACCUCCAGCUGGGUCACAAGGUCAGAAUCAUGCUGCCCUCUGGACGGAUCAGCACAGGAAAGCUCCAUUUCCUGGGUCACCUGCAGGGGGAGGCAGAGCUCCAGCUUGGGGUGGAACUGCGGACACCUGAUCAUGAAAUGCAUGAUGGCAGCCACAUGGGACAUACUUACUUUGAAUGCAAACCUGGUUAUGGUGCCUUUGUACCAUUCAACAAACUACUGAUGGCCUGGGAAUGAUGCAGGAGAUGCUGUAUAUCAUGUAGAGCUGCCGCUUUGUAUCAACAAGACAUUCACAUCUCACAUCAACUCAUUAGUCGCAGUAUGAUCCAAAAAGAUAAACACAAAGUAAACUUAUGUGUGCAAUGUGUCUUCACAAACCUGUACGUGUUGAAUAAAGUUUAAACUUGUUACUCAUUCAUUCACAUAGCAUGUACAGAAUUACAUGUCCAAUAAAACUCAACAUAUUGAAUUAAAGAGGAACCCUGCUUUGGUUUAAUAAGCACUGUUUAAAAAAGCUCAUGUUAUUGUUGGAUUACCAGUGUAGGUUUCUAAAUAGCCUUGGCUCACUCCAGCACUUAAAGUGGAAGUUGUGUACUUUUAUUUUCGAUUCAGUUUUGAGGAAUGCGUAAUCCAACAUGUCCAGACAUAACUGUUCAGAUGACGCCAUACAUGGACACGCUCAGAACAAUGUUCUUUUGCACGUGUGUGUGAUUUGUUCCAGCUUGCAAUGUAAACUGCAGAGUCGCAACAUUUUUUUGGAGUUUAAAUCCCUUUGGCUGUCCUUAACCUUUGAGAAACUCAUACCAUUGUAAGUAGACAAGUAUAUACAAAGGAGUCGUGUUUCUGAAAAUUACAGGAUAGUUUAAAUUUCAGUUAAAAUGGAAUGAUAAAAAGUACACAUUUAGGUAUAGGCACUAGAUUAUAGUUGUAUUACACUUAUAACUAGAGCACCGCGCUCGUAGAGCACGUAGCUCAUAGAGUCCUAUUAGAAGUGGCUUCUCAUAAGCUAAAAUAUAAUAUAAAAUAUAUAUCAAAUGGGCUUUUCAAUAUUGAAAUCAAAUAUCCGCUAAAUCCGCAAUACGGAUCAGAAGUGGACCAAACUCAGCCUAUUCAUUGAGAGUGCC